UGUACCGGGCAGGAGCGAAGUGCCUGCAAGGCCCGGGGAGACUCUGGACCAGAGAGGCUAGGGGGCGGCGAGGGAGACGAACGGGAAAUGCACUGAAAAGCCAGGCAAAGGGCCGGGUGGGUUGGGCAUUGUUAUGGCUUUUAAAGGGCGGGGAUGGUCGAGCCCUCCCGCUGACUUUAUGCAUUUCUUAUUCGAUUCUUUGUGAAAUCACAGUCUUCCCACACCCCUCCGAGGAUCCUGGGCCGUGGGCGGCUCUCGAGCACUGCCCUGGGAAAGCAACCUCCCGAGGCUCCCGACUCGACACACUGUUUCACGAGGCUCCCGGAGCACUGACACUCACAUGAACCGCGUCCGGCUGGAUCCUCUUAGCUGCUCCGCAAGGAUUCCGAACCAAUUCAGCCGCGUUUUAAAAGGGGGCUGGGAGGAAAUGCAAGCAGGAGAGUGAAGUUGAAGUUCUUAGAGGCUCUGAAAAACCAUGGGCUCUGCAGAAGGGGUUGAAAUGCUCAAAGGCCCACACUUUAUGAAAUAAACAGAAUGCUCACCGGAGAGUUGCAACUAUUUUGGAAAUAGCUUUGUGAGAAGAGUUCCAGAUCUACUCUCAUCCCUACCUUAGAGACUGAGACUUCUAAUUCCUUUACUCGGCUGACGACAUCCUUUGAGGUGCCGUAGCACAUGGAUUUCAGGACUGCCUGUGAAGAGACAAAGACAGGGAUUUGUUUGCUGCAGGAUGGUAAUCAGGAGCCUUUCAAAGUCCGGCUGCACCUAGCCAAAGAUAUUUUGAUGAUCCAGGAACAGGAUGUGAUAUGUGUGUCUGGUGAGCCUUUCUAUUCUGGUGAAAGAACGGUGACCAUUAGAAGACAAACUGUAGGAGGAUUUGGAUUAAGCAUAAAGGGGGGAGCUGAACACAAUAUUCCAGUUGUCAUUUCAAAAAUCUCCAAGGAGCAAAGAGCGGAACUUUCAGGGCUGCUCUUUAUUGGAGAUGCAAUUCUACAGAUAAAUGGAAUUAAUGUGAGAAAAUGCAGACAUGAAGAAGUGGUGGCCUGCCAACCACACUUUGGGAGAAGCUGGAAGGUUGAAGGGCUUCUGUUGGUGAUGGUUCAGGUGCUUCGGAAUGCUGGAGAAGAAGUGACCCUAACAGUGUCAUUUUUAAAAAGAUCACCUGCUUUCCUCAAACUCCCACUGAAUGAAGAUUGUGCAUGUGCUCCCAGUGACCAGAGCAGUGGCACCUCCUCUCCUCUUUGUGAUAGUGGCUUGCAUCUCAACUAUCAUCCCAACAAUACAGACACAUUAUCAUGUUCUUCAUGGCCAACAUCUCCGGGUUUGAGAUGGGAAAAGCGAUGGUGUGACCUUAGGCUGAUCCCGCUGCUUCAUUCACGUUUUUCUCAGUAUGUGCCUGGGACAGAUUUGAGUCGGCAGAAUGCUUUUCAAGUCAUUGCUGUGGAUGGGGUCUGCAGUGGGAUUAUUCAGUGCCUCUCUGCUGAAGACUGUGUUGACUGGCUACAAGCAAUAGCAACUAAUAUUUCAAACCUCACAAAGCACAAUAUUAAAAAAAUCAACAGAAAUUUUCCUGUAAACCAGCAGAUAGUCUACAUGGGCUGGUGUGAAGCACGGGAGCAAGACCCUUUGCAAGACCGUGUGUACUCACCAACAUUUCUAGCCCUGAGGGGAUCAUGUCUUUACAAGUUUUUGGCACCUCCAGUGACAACAUGGGACUGGACCCGAGCAGAGAAAACAUUUUCAGUUUAUGAGAUUAUGUGCAAGAUUCUCAAGGACAGUGACCUGUUGGACCGGCGGAAACACUGCUUCACAGUGCAAUCUGAGUCUGGGGAGGAUCUCUACUUCUCCGUGGAAUUAGAGUCUGACCUCGCCCAAUGGGAAAGAGCCUUCCAAACAGCAACCUUUCUGGAGGUGGAACGGAUACAGUGCAAGACAUAUGCAUGUGUGCUAGAAAGUCAUCUAAUGGGACUCACAAUUGACUUUAGCACUGGAUUUAUCUGCUUUGAUGCUGCAACAAAGGCUAUACUUUGGAGAUAUAAAUUUUCUCAGCUUAAAGGUUCUUCCGAUGAUGGCAAGAGCAAAAUCAAAUUUUUGUUUCAGAAUCCAGAUACUAAGCAGAUUGAAGCAAAGGAGCUGGAAUUUUCAAAUCUAUUUGCUGUUCUUCACUGCAUUCAUUCAUUUUUUGCUGCCAAAGUAGCUUGUUUGGACCCUCUCUUUUUAGGCAAUCAGGCUACCGCUUCUGCUGCUGCCAGCUCUGCUACUACAAGCAAAACAAAGUACACAACUUGACAUACCGAGGUUUGCAUUGUCACUUACUAUGACUAUGUAAAGAAAAUAAACAUAAUCAUCAUUUUAGACCCUGGAGAAACAAUCAUAUCACCAAGUAAACAGUGAAUUCAAUUUGAAAUUUGAACAGAAAGCAAGGUCAUAAGGGAUCUCAAAAGCACUUCUAUUUUGGAAGACAUUGUGAAUAAUCUUAAAUGAACCAUAACAGCUUGUUCUCAGUUUAUUUGUACCAUCGAAAGUGAAGACGAAAGAAUGAAUGAUUCAAAGUAUGUAAAUAAUAUACAAAUUGUAAGCUACCUAUAAAUAAAAAUACCACUUAAAUGGUUAUUUCUGUAUUUUAGAUUGUUUUGUAUGUUGGGCCAGAUCAUGAACUAAUGCCCUAUCAUUGAAUUUUGAGUGAUAUAAAGGAGGCAAAUAAACCACAUGGCAGCGAAGAAAAUAGCAUGUAAAAAAUUUCGUCAAAGAAGAGAGCACUUUAAUUUGCUAAUGUAGAUUUUCCUUGCAUUCUCAUUCUGCAAUAUGACACUGGCAUUCCAAUUUUAUCUUGUUGUCAACUAUUCCUAAGAUUUUCAAAAGAAUAAAUACAUCAAUUCUAUGAUAGUCACAAUGUAAAAUGUACUAUUUUUCCUUAAAUCACUGAUAUCAAUGUUUUAUUGCUGCUAGUGUCAACCAAAUAUGCUGACAUGUGUUAAUUUAAUUAUGAACCAAGAAAACAUUCAUGAACCUCUUGUUCUUUCCUUCAUUUAAGAAGGUUUAUACUUACCUAAUGGGAUUUGUUAUCAAAUUAAAGUUUCAUAAAUUUUCAGUGACUCCAAAAACUUUUGUAGAGAAAAUAAUACAAAAAAUGUCGUGUGAGAAACUCAUACAAUUCUUUGUAUGCUAAUCUACUAGUUAAUCAUGGACUGAAAUGACCUUAGAGUGUAGUCUCAGUUUUACUUAUUUCAGGAAAAUGAUAUUUUCCCAUUUUAGAAAUAUUUUACGAGAAAGUAAGGUGAGAUAUGAAAAUAAAAUUUUUAAUUUCUAGCUUACCAUGUCAUAAAAGUGAUUAUAUAAUGCAAGACUAUGUUGGUUAUUUUAGUUAUCUUGUCUUAGUAAAUGGGAAGAAGCUGGAAAUUUGAAAGUAUCGGAGGUAUGGGCACCUGACUCAGACCCUGGUAUUAUAUAAUUAUUGGUUUAAUGUGGAAAACACUGUCCUUUACUACAGCUGUACUGAGAUCUGCUUUUAAACAACUAGCUACCUAUUAAAAAAAAAAGAAAAAAAUACUUAUUUUUAAUUAACACACAUGUUCCCAACUAAAUCAAACAUACAUAGUUCCUUGUGAAGAUGAUGAACUAUCCAAUAAGGUAGUUUAAUUUUUUUUUUAAAUAGAAAAAAAAAAGUACUCAAGAAGGAAACACAAUUAUUUGCAAAAGAACACAUGACCAUUAUGCUUUAAAAUUUAUUAAACCAUUUCCAUAAUCAUCAUAAAUUAUUUAUUCACUAUGCAUCUGGUUAAUUCUUAAGCAUGUUAAAUUAAAAAGAAAAAUCGAAGGUUCAUCAUUGUACCUGACAAGAGUUAAGCUGGAUCUAGGACACCUUACUAAAAGAACUAUGGCUAGUUGGACACUACAUAGUUUAAAUAUAUUUUAUCUUGACCAUAAAAUUAAUUAAUUAUAUUCAUAAUUGGGAUGACACCGUGGAGUUAUUGCUUACUAAGUAUUCACCAAACAGAACAGUCAUUCUAAAGUCAGAAGUCCACCAAAAGCCGACUUCAGUAAGCCUCUGAUGAGCAUAUGGAAGAAGAGCAGAGGGAGGCAUCUACCUUAGGGUCAGAAGCAGUAGUAGCCACUUCAUUAUAGAAUCUCUGCUAUGAGCUAGAGUUGUAUCUUGGUGUGCCCCACAUUGGGGUAACAUUUAUGUGUCCACAGUAUGAUAAUCUGGUCUAUUAAGUAAUAUGAAGUGGGCUAGUUAGCCAAAAAGAAAAAAAAUAGUUUUUAAACUUAAA